UCGGGCGGUCGGCGCACGCGGAGCGGGAGCGGGAGAGGUAGCGGGGCCCGGCCUAGCCCAGUUCAGCCCGACCCUUCCCUUCCAUUCCCUUUUCCCUUCCAUUCCCUUUUCCCUUUCCUUUUCCCUUCCAUUCCCUCCCCUCCCCUCCCCAUGGCGGCCACGGCGGCGGCCGUGGCGGACGAGGGCGGCGGCGGCGGCGGCGUUGGGCGGGCCGGUCCCGGCGAGCCCGGAGCCUCCCGGAGGAAGAGGGGCCCGGGCCCGCUGGCCACCGCCUACCUGGUCAUCUACAACGUCGUCAUGACCGCCGGGUGGCUGGUCAUCGCGGUCGGUCUGGUCAGGGCGUUCCUGGCCAAGGGGGACUACCACAGCCUCUACUACUCCGUGGAGAAACCGCUGAAGUUCUUCCAAACAGGAGCUCUCCUCGAGAUUGCGCACUGUGCUGUGGGGAUCGUCCCCUCUUCGGUGGUACUGACAUCCUUCCAGGUGAUGUCCAGGGUGUUCCUGACCUGGGCAGUGACUCAUAGUGUCAAGGAGGUGCAGAGCGAAGGCAGCGUGCUCCUGUUCGUCGUGGCCUGGACAAUCACGGAAAUCAUCCGCUACUCGUUUUACACCUUCAGUCUUUUGGACCAUCUUCCGUACCUCAUCAAGUGGACCAGGUACACACUGUUCAUUGCUCUCUACCCCAUGGGUGUGACCGGGGAGCUGCUGACCAUCUAUGCCGCACUGCCUUUCGUCCGCCGGGCCGGCCUCUACUCCGUCAGCUUGCCCAACAAGUACAACUUCUCCUUCGACUACCACGCCUUCCUCAUCCUGGUCAUGCUCUCCUACAUUCCACUGUUUCCCCAGCUCUAUUUCCACAUGUUGCGCCAGCGACGGAAGCUCCUCGCCCACCCUGAGGGGCCCAAGAAGUCUGAGUGACUCCAGCCUCGUCCCAUUCCCCCGGCCCCACUGUGUCCCAAUAGCCUGAGCCUGGGGCUGCUGAUUGUCGACAAGCCAUCCUUCAUCCUCACCGGGACCUGCCGGGCCACGGCUGGCGACUGCGCAACCCCGGGCUGUCGGCCCAGCGUCCUGGGCUGACCCAUGACUCUGCACCAGGGGCAGGGGGCCGGAGCCCGCGGCCUGUCCCUUCCUGGGGAGCCCAGUUGAUGGAGGUCCUCGUUCCCACCAUUGGAGAGCAGCUGUCCAGGCCCCGAGCUGAUCAGGGGUGGAAGGUGAGAGGCCGGAUCUUAUAUCCUGUCCCUCCCUGGGAUCGUGGUCAAUAAAGGUCAUCGUCACCACCGCCAGAGAUCAGCUAUCUGAGCACCGGGGCUACCGGUGGUGGGAGAGCACCAGCUGCUGGACAGGGCCUGUCAGCCAUCCCCAACCACCAAUUGGGUACAGAGCGAGAACCUUCAGCACUGGCAGAGCUUGGUACUUGGUGCUCGAGAGAGCGCACAAGAGGCCGAAGACACAAUCUCUGCCCUGGACAAGUUUGGGGCUUCCAGUCCAACUGUGGCCACUUCAUGGCCCGGACGUUCACCCUCAGAUGGGCCCUACCCUCCUCUCCCAGAGGGCCUGAGGAGAUGAGGCUGGUGCCAGGUAUGGCAUUGGUGAGGUGGGGGAUGGCGGGCUUGGGGUGGCCUUUCUAGGUCCUGCCGAGCCCCUGCAGCAUGGAUCUGAUGGGGAAACGGCAUCAGGCAGGGCUGGGGAAAGGGGCAGAAGCAUGAGCUGGUGGUCCCCUUAAUGGUUCGGUUUGGGGGCACCCCCCCCCCAUCCCCAGAGAAGCAGUGGGCAGGGCGGGGUCAUUUGGUUUGGGCACGAGUGAGAGAGCGGCCACAAAUUUGGGGGAGCAGAUGGCCUUUGGUGAUGGGAGUGGGCUCCACCACCACUUGCCCCAUCCUCAAAGCCCUCCUGAAAUCCCACCGCCUCCAGGAGGCCUUCCAUGACUAAUCUCACAUCUCCUCAUCCCAACUACUACUUAAAUACCUUGACGUCACCCAAGCGCUUGGGCAGUUGUGCAAGCCCACACAUAUUUCGCAGUACACUUUAUUGCGUCCCUAUCCGUAUCCCCUGCUAGGCUGUAUGCUCCUUGAGGGCUGAGAUCUUGUCUAGUAACUGUUGCACUCUCCCAAGCACUUACGCACGCAAUAUGUGAUCAGUAAAUACCACUAAUUAAUUAAUUGAUUGAAUGAUGCCCAUUAGCAGAAAUAUGAUGUAGUAAGCCUUUGGAAGAGUAUAGCAAAAGCACGAGCCAUGUUCCCUAGCUACAGGGAGCUUCCACAGUAAUGGGGAAGUGGACUGCCAAUCUGGUGUGGAGACAGGACACACACACACACAACACACAACACACACUGUCUCUCUCUCUGCUGGGGGCAGGACAGCAGGAGGAAAAGGAGACACAGUCCCUACCCUUGGGGGCUUUCCACUUUAACACUUGGCCUGGCAUAGUCAGUAAAAGUGAUACUGUGUUCUUUCAAAUCACCUUUGUAUUUUUUUUUUCUGUGAAUAAACUUGUAGCUUUAGGUCUGGAUUCCCUUAGCUGA